AUGCCUCUGUUUUUAUUUUAUCUCUCUUUAAUUUCCAUAUACAUAGAUUUGAUAAAGUGUACAGUGUGUCCAGAUGAGUUCUGGUCCAACCCAAAAAAGGACGAGUGUGUCCCGAAAGAAGUGGAGUUUUUAUACUAUGAGGAAACUCUGGGCAUUUCCUUGAGCACUGCUUCCUUGCUCGGCACCUGUAUCUGUUCUGCAGUGGUUGUUAUCUUUGCGCAUCACCGCCAUACUCCAGUUGUGCCAGCUAACAAUUCAGAGCUCAGCUUUCUGUUGCUGUUAUCACUCAAACUAUGUUUCUGGUGUGUGCUGCUUUUCAUUGGCUGGCCUCAGUUGUGGACAUGUCAGUUAAGACAUGCUGUUUUUGGCAUAAGCUUUGUCCUGUGCAUCGCCAGCAUCUUGGUGAAGACUAUUGUGGUAAUAGCCGUGUUCAAGUUAUCUCGGCCAGAGGGUAAAAGUGCUAUGAAAUGGUUUGGAGCAGCUCAACAAAGAUGCACAGUUCUGGUCCUAACAGCCCUCCAGGUUAUAUGUGAAGUCUGGCUAUCAAAUGCAUCUCCAGCACCCCAUUUAAAUAGCCAGUAUAUCAGUUCCAAAAUAGUAUAUGAUUGUACUAUAGGAUCAGCAAUAGGUUUCUGGGCUGUACUGGGUUAUAUUGGCUUGCUAGCUUUCCUUUAUUUUGUUUUAGCUUUUCUUGCCCGAAAGCUGCCUGAUAACUUCAGUGAGGCUAAAUUCAUCACAUUCAGUAUGCUCAUAUUCUGUGCUGUAUGGAUCACCUUUAUUCCAGCAUAUUUCAUCUCUCCAGGAAAAUGUACUGUAGCUGUGGAGAUUUUUGCUAUUUUAGCAUGAAGCUUUGGUCUAAUUCUCUGUAUUUUUGCUCCAAAGUGUUUCAUUAUUGUAUUUAGGCCAGAGCAGAAUACCAAAAAAACACCUAAUGGGUAAAGUACCAUCAAAAGCCCUCUGAGUCACAACAAAAGCACUGCAAAAGCAUUACAAACAUGUCGUGUUGCAUUCCAAGUCUUCUGAAGCCAUACGAUAUUUUUAUGCGAAGAGGAGAGUAAAACAUAAGGUUUAAUUGCUUAAAAUAAUCUUGCUCCGUUAACGCGCUCACAUCACAUCUCAUUCAAAAAGAUACUCCCAUAGCAUGACACAGUCGGUCACGUGACACACAAGAGCCUUUAAAAUUUUA